AUGAAAAAUAAACAAUUCGAGGCGGCCGGUAUAUUGUUACGAAAUGGUCGUAUUAUAGAGGGUCAAGACGAGGAAAAAGUUCUUCAUUUAGCCUUCGAAGCCAGGCACGUAGAGGUGGUUGACACGAUUUUACAGCAUGAUAAGACCAUCUUUCUAUGGACGAAACUAUAUCCGGUUGUUAUCAGGUCAAGAGACCUUGAUAUCUUGGAAAUAGUUAUAAGAAGGACAGACAUCAAUCAGCAAGUGGAUUGUCGUGGUAGAACGCCUUUGCAACUGGCAGCUGAGAACGGCGACUUCGAUGUGGCACAAUUCUUGUUUAUCAGCGGUGCUGAUGUGAACGCAAGUAAUGAUCACCACCGGGAAAGCCUGAGCUACGCAGCUGAAGGCGGGCAUUUGGACGUUGUGAAGCUAUUGUUGGACUGCGGUGCUGAUUUGAACGCAACUGCUUGGGGUCGGGGAAUCCUGAGCCUCGCAGCUGAAGGCGGGCAUGCGGACGUUGUGAAGCUAUUGUUGGACUACGGUGCUGAUGUGAACGCGGCUGCUUGGGAAGGUCGGGGAAGCCUGAGCUAUGCAGCUGAAGGCGGGCAUUCGGUCGUUGUGAAGCUAUUGUUGGACCGCGGUGCUGAUGUGAACGCAACUGCUUGGGGUCGAGGAAGCCUGAGCUUCGCAGCUGAAAGCGGGCAUUCGGACGUUGUGAAGCUAUUGUUGGACUACGGUGCUGAUGUGAACGCGGCUGCUUGGGAAGGUCGGGGAAGCCUGAGCUAUGCAGCUGAAGGCGGGCAUGCGGUCGUUGUGAAGCUAUUGCUGGACCGCGGUGCUGAUAUGAACGCAACUAAUUAUUGGGGUCGGGGAAGCCUGAGCUACGCAGCUGAAGGCGGGCAUGCGGACGUUGUGAAGCUAUUGUUAGACUACAGUGCUGAUGAGAACGCAAGCGAUGAUGACAACUGGGGAAGCCUAAGCUACGCAGCUAAAGGCGGGCAUACGGACGUUGUGAAGCUAUUGUUGGACCGCGGUGCUGAUGUGAACGCGGCUGCUUGGGAAGGUCGGGGAAGCCUGAGCUAUGCAGCUGAAGGCGGGCAUGCGGACGUUGUGAGGCUAUUGUUGGACUACGGUGCUGAUGUGAACGCGGCUACUUGGGAAGGUCGGGGAAGCCUGAGCUAUGCAGCUGAAGGCGGGCAUGCGGUCGUUGUGAAGCUAUUGUUGGACCGCGGUGCUGAUGUGAACGCAACUGCUUGGGGUCGAGGAAGCCUGAGCUUCGCAGCUGAAAGCGGGCAUUCGGACGUUGUGAAGCUAUUGUUAGACUACGAUGCUAGUGCGGAAAAGGCUUUGGAAGCCCUUAGUUAUGCAAAACUUGCUGGUCGUUGGGGUAUUGCAAAGCUCCUCUUAGAGUGGAUAGAGAAAGAACCUGAAAUAGGGAACCGUGCAAAGCGUCAUAAAACCAAGUAA